ACAGUCUUUUUCAAUGAAGCGGUGUGAAUGUUUUGUUUUGCUUUGGCGCCGGUUUCACGAUUAUUCUCGUAAAUAGCACCACACUCUACGGGCGGCCGAGCGGACGGGCAGACAGUUCGGUUCGGAUUGGAUUACUUGCGGUCGUAAAGGACGUGGAUUAAGAUCAAGAUGAGUGCGGAUUGGCGUGCAAAUCGUUCCGACGAUGAAGAGGAUGAGCAGGAGGAAGCUUUCGCUGGCCGUUCGGGGCUUAUACUGACCGUGGACUGUGCUGACUACAUGUUCGAACAGGAAGGUGGUGAAUCGGAAUCCCGGUUUGUGGAAGUGCUCCACAUCAUCGAGGCAAUGAUGCGCAACAAGGUGGUCACAAACGAAACGGAUUUAGUUGGAGUGGUUUUCUACAACACCGAGAAAAAUCCGGCCCCGGAAAGUGAGGAAGAAUUGCAACCGGGCCUCGUUGCACCGCGACAAUGUGCCAUCUAUCUGCCGCUUAGCACCACUUCCGUCGAAACGAUUCGUAAAGUGCGUGGUAUGCGUGAAUCGAACGAUUUGUUCGAUUUCGAUGCAAAGUAUGGCCACGCGCAGGGUACCAGCCUAUCGAAUGUGCUGUGGCUCUGUUCACGGAUGUUUUCCCACUGUGGGUACAAACUGUCCCAGUCCACGAUCGUACUGUUUACGAGCAAUGAUGCACCACACGAUAGCAGCAGCAGCGAGUAUCAGCAAGCAUUGGUAAAGGCCAGAGAUUUGCAGCAGAAUGAAAUUUUUGUUGAGCUGGUACCGAUGAGCGGCCACUUCGAUUGCGACAAGUUUUACAAAGAGUUCCUGUGUACCGUGCUGGAGGAAGAUAUGGCUGAUUUCGAGCCACCGGUGUAUGAAAAGUCGAAGGAAAGGCUUCUGUAUCGUUUGUUUGUGAAAAGCUAUAAGAAGCGAUCGAUGGCGCACCUAAAGUGGCACCUGUCGGAUGAGAUAGCAUUGGGCGUGAACGUCUACACGUUACGGAGGAGUCCACGCUAUCCCAAAAAGGUGAGACUCCUAAGAUCAACCAACGAGGUGAUCGUGUCAAAACGAGUGCACGUGGCCAGCACCUUAAACGAAGAUGGAGCUCAGGAAGAAUCCAAAGUGAUUUUACCCGGUGAGCAAAGGAAAUCGAUCACGAUCGGUGGCGAAAAGGUUUCGUUUAAGCCGGAAGAAGUCACCCAGAUGAAACAGCUAUUGCAACCAGGAAUACGCCUGCUGGGAUUUAAACCUUCGUCAGUGAUCAACAUACGUAAUCAUUUUCGCAGUUGCUUAUUUCUGUAUCCGAACGAAGGCUAUAUUAACGGAUCCACUACACUGUUCCGUGCACUGUACGAAAAAUGUCUUGAGAAGGAUCAGGUGGCCUUCUGUAUGCUCACCAUGCGACGAAAACAACCUUCCAAGUUGGUAGCAUUGGUACCUCAACAGGAGCUAGCUCACGAUCCUUUGGGCGAAGCAGAUCGUCAUUGUGGUUUUCGUGUUGAGUUUAUUCCAUUCGCUGGUGACAUUCGAAAGUUGUCCAUGCUUGAGGAAACCACCGGAGUUCCGGAGGUGACAGACGAACAGACGGAUCUGUUCAAAAAGAUGAUCAAAAAGGUUAAGUUCAAAUUUCAUCCUUCACACUUUGAGGACCCAUCGUCACAAAACCUGUACAUCAACAUCGAGUCGCUGGUGUUCGACGUGGAAGAUGCGGAGCUGAUCGAUUCCACACGACCCGAUUGUGACAGAAUUGACGCGAAGCUGGAACCAAUAUUGACCGAUAUGGAGCGCCUGUUUGGCGAGGAUCCCGAGGAAGCGCCAAAGCGUCGUCGAAACGACGGAGCGAACAAUGAUGGUGAACCGAAAGCGAAAGAGCCACGUGUGUUACCAGCCAACGACGAAGAACUACUUCGAAUGGUGAAAGAUGGCAAGGUGCAAAGUUUAACCGUGGCCAUGCUAAAAGAUUAUCUACAGAAACAAGGCGUCCGCGGCCUUUCGCAGCUGACAAAAUCGGGCCUAGUUGAUAAGAUUCUUGCCAUACAAGCAGAUUGAAUGUAACAUUCCUGUACGGUUUAGGGUAAAAUAAUUAUUCCGCUGUGGAUUAUAUUUAA